AUGAUGCUUGAGAUUUGGGAGGAGGAGCCACACCAAAAGAGGAGCAAAACUAAUUCAAAGAAUGCCACUUCAAAUCCAGAUGGUUUAGGCACUCACCGUCAUACUUCAGGAUCAAAAAAUCACACUCGUAUUGCUUAUGACAUGACGGUUGAGGCUGGUGGAGUAGCACCAGCAUUAACUGCGUUAGUGCUUAAGACCCAUUCUUCAAAAGAUAACACCUGCAUUGACAAACGAGCAGAAGGUUAUGUGAAGGCAGCUGAAGCUCUUGCCUUGGAGCGAUCACAAAGUGCCACUGCCACUGGUGAAAAUGCCUCUGCACCCUCUACCCAGCAGCUCAAUGCUGCUUAUAUUGAAACGGCAACUAAUACUAAAGGUAGAGUCUAUGGGCUUGGUUCACUUCAGUAUGUUGAUGCUGACCCCAAGGAAUCUCCGGCAGCUUCUCUACGUAGAAACGUUGGAGUUGAUGGACGAUUGACCACUGUGGAGGGUGUUGUGACUUGGUUGAAGGAUGACGUUUCUGGGUUGAAAGAUGACGUUCCUGGGUUGAAACAAAGCAUCGACUUGUUGUUGAAGAUGAAUGGAGUGGAUCCUAUUACCCGUCAACCUAUUCCACGUGAGAGUGGUGCAUCUGCUCCAAGUCCCCAUUCUGAUUCUAGCCAAGAACUUAACCAGCACACUCCCACUCAUUAG